AAAGAGAGGAGGUUCUUUAUGCAGGCCCCAAACUAGACCCCAAGCAGCUAUUUAAGGACAGUGAGGGAAGAAUUAUUAGUUUGGAAGUGACACUGGCAGGAAGGAAGAACAGUCCUGGAGGAAGAAUUAUACACAGCAAAUGGGAAGAAAUCGGACUUUUACAUAAUGUAUGGGAUGCAGGCAGUGAUGAGGGGCUUUUUAUACAGCCUUCUUUCUAAAGAAGCAGAGGGAAGCUCCAAAAGCAAGAUAUAUGAGCAGAAAUCAGGGCGAAUGAGAAUAAAUCCACUAAUAAAGCAGGGAGCCCGGGGAAUCUGCCUCCUUGGCGCCUGAAACUGAGGCGAGGCUCAGAUGUCGAAGGGCGGGAAGUUGGGAAAAGGCGGGAAAAGUCGUUUCCUUCAGAGUCGCUGAGGGAAAGAAGCAGCGGGGGGAGGGGCUCCUCCUCUCUUCUCCCUCAGAGACACAACGGGGACCCUCUUGGGAGGGGAGCAGAAAGGGGUCUCUCUCUCUCCCCCUCACAACCCCAUUGCAUUCCUCUCAUGGCGGAAGGGGACCCCACCCUCUCCCUGCCUGGCGAGGGGGCAGCCGGGCCAAGGGGGUCUCUGGGCGCAGGAGAGCCUGUGGGGAGGAGGGGGCAGAGGAAAGGAAGCGCCCCUUCUCUCUCAGGCAGCCCCAUGUCUCUUCCCACCCCCAGGGGCUGAGUCCAUCUCUGAGCUUCACAGAGGACCUUGCGAGGCAAAUCUGGGCGGGGGGGGGAGGGACCCCCUUGGCUUCCCUGGCUCAGCCCCUCCCCCACUCUCCUGACCCACAGGGGGAGGGGCAGCCCUUCCCUCCUUCUCAUUCAUCCUCUUCCCUCCCAGCCUCCCUGUUUGCAGAUUGAAAAGCACGUCCCUCUCUCCCCGCAAACCCAGGUCACCCCCAGAUAUGAUGCCCCCCCGCAGCCAUCUCGACCCCCUGCUGUGGGGAGGAGGAAGGAGGGGGGCCAUGUCCCCAUGGAGCCCCCAGAGGCAGCGCCGUCCCGUCCACUUCCCAUCUCAACACAGGGAGAGGCUGCUCUAUUGACGUAGCUCUAGGGGCAAGCGAAUCCCAAAAGGAACCGGAAGUGUCGCUGCUAAAUGUGCCGGAAGUUUCCAGACAGGGAAAGGAGGAGGGGCGUCAGUGGAGAAACCCCGCCCCCCCGCCGCCCUUUCUGUUGCAGACAAGGAAAGUGGACUAAUCUGGAGCCAGGGAGGCGGAGGACCAAGAGAAAACAAAAAGGAUUUUCUCCCCACCCCAUCGAAAGAAGACAAUGGAGAAGGCAAUCAGAAUUCUGGUGGGCCAUGUCCAAUGGGAAUAACGAAGAAACCAUUUAAAUACUUGGAGUGUGAAAACAAACAAUUUGAAAGUAUGGAGUGUGGAAGGAGCUUCAGUAAGAGUAGAAACCUUAGAAUUCAUCUACGGACCCACACAGGGGAGAAACCAUUUAAUUGCAUGGAGUGUGGAAAGAGCUUCACUACUAGCGGAAGCCUUAGAAUUCAUCUACGGACUCACACAGGGGAGAAACCAUUUAAAUGCAUGGAGUGUGGAAAGAGCUUCACUGAGAGUGGAAAACUUAGAAUUCUCACACUGGGGAGAAACCAUUUAAAUGCAUGGAGUGUGGAAAGAACUUCACUAAUAGUGGACACCUUAGAAUUCAUCAACGGACUCACACUGGGGAGAAAUUAUUUCAAUGCAUGGAGUGUGGAAAGAGGUUCGGUCAGAGUGGAAGCCUUAGAAUUCAUCAACGGACUCACACAGGGGAUAAAUUAUUUCAAUGCAUGGAGUGUGGAAAGAGGUUCGGUCAGAGUGGAAACCUUAGAAUUCAUCAACGGAGUCACACAGGGGAGAAACCAUUUAAAUGUAUGGAGUGUGGAAAGAGCUUCAGUCAAAGUGGACACCUUAGAAGACAUGAACGGACUCACACGGGAGAAACCAUUUAAAUGCAUGGAAUGUGGAAUGAGCUUCACUGAGAGUGGAAAACUUAGAAUUCAUCAACGGAGUCACACGGGGGAGAAACCAUUUCAAUGCAUGGAGUGUGGAAAGCGCUUCAGUCGGAGUGGGCACCUUAGAAUUCAUCUACGGUCUCACACGGGGGAGAAACCAUUUAAAUGUAUGGAGUGUGGUAAGAGCUUCAGUCGGAGUGGAAACCUUAGAAUUCAUCAACGGAGUCACAGGGGGGAGAAACCAUUUAAUUGCAUGGAGUGUGGAAAGAGCUUCACUGAUAGUGGACACUUUAGAAUUCAUCAACGGACUAACACGGGGGAGAAUUCAUUUAAAUGCGUGGAGUGUGGAAAGAGCUUCACUACUAGCGGAAGCCUUAAAAUUCAUCUCCGGACUCACACAGGGGAGAAACCAUUUAAAUGCAUGGAGUGUGGAAAGAGCUUCACUACUAGUGGAAACCUUAGAAUUCAUCAACGGACUCACACAGGGGAGAAACCAUUUAAAUGCAUGGAGUGUGGAAAGAGUUUCACUGAUAGUGGACACCUUACGAUUCAUCAACGGACUCACACAGGGGAGAAACCAUUUAAAUGCAUGGAGUGUGGAAAGAGCUUCGCUGUUAGUGGACACCUUAGAAUUCAUCAACGGACUCACACAGGGGAGAAACCAUUUAAAUGCAUAGAAUGUGGAAAGAGCUUCACUACUAGUGGAAACCUUAGAAAACAUCAACGGACUCACACAGGGGAGAAACGAUUUCAAUGCAUGGAAUAUGGAAGGAGCUUCAGUACAAGUGGAGUUCUUACAAAACAUCAACAAACUCUUACAGGGGAGUAACAAUAUAAGUCCUAGGGAAGUGGACAGAGGUUCAGUUGUAGUGGAAGUCUUACAAACCAUCAAAAGACUCUGAGGGAUAAGAGUUGUAAGAGUGGAAACACCUACAGGCCAUGAAUUAACUCAAAGAAGAGAAAGGGUUUAAAUAGAAGGAGUGUGGAUCUUGCUUUGGUUAUUAUGGAACGCUUUUUAGAGAGUAGAACCUUUUUCUCUCCGAAUUGACACUUUCUUUCACAUGAAUAGCAGGAAAUCAGUCUUAAUUGCAUGCAGCGUAUGUUAGCUUCUGUUGUUUGUAACGCGGUGUAGACAUUUAUUUAAAGUAAUGAAGGUAACAUUUCACAAUAGUAAGCAUAAUAUAAUAUUUAAUGUGAAUCUGUAGUGUUGCUGCUGAAUGCGGGUGGACUGAGAGUGAGCUGGUGUUGGUGUUUGGUGGGGGGAGUUGGAAAUGUCUGUAUCUGGGAAUGGAGAGUUGCUCAAAGUGGAGCUGAGACUGGUGGUCUUGCAUGAGGAGGGAAGGGGGCACAGGGAAGAAGGGGCCGUACCAGAACAUCUCAAAGCAAUGUGCUGGAGGGCGGGAGCCAUGGUGACACAAGUGUGUGUAGAAUGCUAUUCCCAUAAUGACACAGGGGAGAAACCGUAAGGAUGAGUAUAAUGUGGGAGGAGGUCCAGGCAGGUCCCCAACCCAGAGUGCUAAGGGUCAGCUUCCUCCAAAUCCACCAGCUGCCCCAAGGCAGGAGCCACCUCUUGGCCUGAGGGUGGAAAGCCUCCCUCCACCUUUGCGACUGGACAUGAUCCGAGGGCAGUGAUGGCAAACCUUUUAGAGACCGAGUACCCAAACUGCAACACAAAACCCACUUUUUCAUCACAAAGUGCCAACUACUGCAAUGCGCUCUAUUUGGGGCUACCUUUGAAGGUGACCCGGAAACUAUAACUAAUGCAGAAUGCGGCAGCUGCACUGGUGACUGGGAGCGGCCGCCGAGACCACAGAACAUCGGUCUUGAAAGGCCUAAAUUGGCUCCCAGUACGUUUCUGAGCACAAUUCAAAGCGUUGGUGCUGACCUUUAAAGCCCUAAAUGGCCUCGGUCCAGUAUACCUGAAGGGGCGUCUCCACCCUCAUCGUUCUGUCCAGACACUGAGGUCCAGCGCCAAGGGCCUUCUGGCGGUUCCCUCACUGCGAGAAGCCAAGUUACAGGGAACCAGGCAGAGGGCCUUCUUGGUGGUGGCACCUGCCCUGUGGAACGCCCUCCCACCAGAUGUCAAAGAGAACAACUACCACCAGACUUUUAGAAGACAUCUGAAAGCAGCCCUGUUUAGGGAAGCUUUUAUUGUUUGAUGCAUUAUUGUAAUUUAAUAUUUUGUUGGAAGCCGCCCAGAGUGGCCCAGCCAGAUGGACGGGGUAUAAAUAAUAAAUUAUUAUUAUUACUAUAA